AGAUCUUUGAGGUCGAGUAUACCGUAGCAACUCCUGGUGAAAGGUUUCGAUACUACUACACAAGCAUAUACGAGCCAGCGAAGUGUAUCUGUCGGACAGUGGCGUGAAAAUGGCGGUGUAAAAUGGCAGGACGUAGAUCGACUUUGACAAAUGCCGAUUCCUUGUCGGGAUCCGGAAACACCGAUCCCUUGAGAGAAUUGUUCGAGGCCUGCAAAACCGGGGACCUCGCGAGGGUAAAGACCUUGGUCACGUCGAAGACGGUCAAUGCUCGAGACACUGCCGGACGCAAGUCCACCCCCCUGCAUUUUGCAGCUGGCUAUGGUAGGAGAGAUGUAGUAGAAUUUCUACUCUCUGCUGGAGCCUCCAUCCAAGCGAGGGACGACGGAGGAUUGCACCCCUUGCAUAACGCGUGUUCUUUCGGACAUUCUGACGUUGUAAGACUUCUGUUGGAAGCAGGAGCUAAUCCUAACACCAGAGACAAUUGGAAUUACACUCCUCUGCACGAAGCUGCGAUCAAAGGUAAAAUAGAUGUGUGCAUCGCUUUGCUGCAACACGGGGCGGAUGCCAAUAUCAGAAACACGGAAGGAAAGACGGCGUUGGAACUGGCCGAUCCCGCGACUAAACCGGUGUUAACGGGAGAAUACAAGAAGGACGAAUUGCUGGAAGCGGCGAGAUCGGGAAACGAGGAACGCCUUCUGCAACUUCUAAAUCCUUUGAACGUAAAUUGUCACGCGAGCGACGGAAGAAGAUCCACGCCGUUGCAUUUAGCUGCCGGAUAUAACAGAUCCAGAGUGGUGCAAAUCUUAUUGCAGAACGGUGCAGACGUACAUGCGAAGGACAAAGGAGGUCUCGUUCCACUUCACAACGCUUGUUCGUACGGUCACUUCGAGGUGACGGAGGCGCUCCUGAAACACGGUGCGGCGGUCAAUGCCAGCGACUUGUGGGCGUUCACCCCGCUGCACGAAGCCGCGAGCAAAUCUAGAGCGGAGGUGUGCUCGUUACUAUUGAGCGAGGGUGCCGACCCGACUCAAUUAAACUGCCACAGUAAAAGCGCCAUCGACGUAGCCCCGACGCUGGAGUUGCAAGACAGAUUGGCAUACGAAUACAAGGGACACUGCCUCUUGGACGCCUGCAGGCAGGCCGAUCUAACUAAGUUAAAAAAAUACCUGUCCCCAGAAGUUGUAAACUUUAAACACCCGUACACCGGGGAUACUCCGCUGCACUGCGCCGUUGUAUCGCCCUAUCCCAAGAGAAAACAAGUCAUAGAAUCUUUGAUUAGGAAAAACGCUGCCUUAAACGAGAAAAAUAAAGACUUCCUUACACCUCUUCACGUUGCCACUGAUCAUUCUCAUUACGAUGCAAUGGACGUGCUACUUAGACAUAAUGCGAAAGUCAAUGCUUUAGAUGGAUUAGGGCAAACUGCGCUACACAGAGAAUGUUGUUGCGUAAACAGGUGCGUUAGAGAAGACAAUGUGCAAGCUUGCAGAAUAUUGUUAUCGUACAAUGUUGAUCCAUCUAUAGUAUCGCUUCAGGGCUAUACUGCGGCACAAGUAGCUGCAGAAAAUGUCCUUAAAAUAUUGCAAGAUCCACCGAGCGGAACGGACGAUGCCGAGGCUCAGCUGCUGGAAGCGAGUAAAUCCGGCGACCUGGCAGCGGUAGAAAGAAUAUUGCGAACGAAUCCGUUGGCCGUCAAUUGCCGUGAUCUGGACGGUCGGCACUCGACGCCGCUGCACUUCGCAGCGGGUUUCAACCGAGUGCCCGUGGUCGAGUAUCUGUUGGCACACGGGGCAGAUGUACACGCCAAAGACAAAGGUGGACUCGUUCCUUUACACAACGCUUGCUCCUACGGUCAUUACGAGGUAACGGAAUUGUUAGUGAAACACGGGGCAUCGGUGAACGUCGCGGAUCUAUGGAAGUUUACCCCGCUUCACGAAGCUGCUGCCAAGGGAAAGUACGAGAUAGUCCGGUUGUUAUUGAGACACGGUGCGGACGCAACUAAAAAGAACAGAGACGGGGCGACGCCUUUGGACUUGGUGAGAGACGGCGAUCAGGACGUCGCCGAUUUAUUACGAGGGAACAGCGCGCUUCUGGAUGCAGCGAAGAAAGGAAAUCUGGCAAGGGUGCAGCGACUGGUUACGCAAGACAAUAUUAACUGUAGAGACGCGCAAGGACGUAAUAGCACUCCGCUGCAUUUGGCCGCGGGAUACAAUAACUUGGAGGUAGCCGAAUUUUUGCUCGAACGCGGGGCGGACGUAAAUGCUCAGGACAAAGGAGGAUUGAUACCUCUGCACAACGCUUCGAGUUACGGUCAUUUGGACAUCGCCGCGUUGCUCAUUAAAUAUAACACCGUGGUGAAUGCUACCGACAAAUGGGGUUUUACACCGCUUCACGAAGCAGCGCAGAAAGGCAGGACGCAGCUGUGCGCGCUUUUACUGGCGCACGGCGCCGAUCCUUUCUCGAAGAACCAAGAAGGGCAAACUCCUUUGGAUCUCGCUAGUGCCGACGAUGUAAGAUGCUUGUUGCAGGACGCGAUGGCUUCGCAGCAAGUAGUGCCAUCGAUACCGUCCGGUAACAACAGCGUCGGCGUCCCCAUUAACUUGAACAGUAAUGGGAACAACACCGUCAACAGUAGGCCACCCAGUAUCGUUGCAAUUCCAGUUACGCCGCCGCCACCGCUCACCCAAGAAACCGUGAUAAUGCCUUCCGGGACGGCGAUGACACUGUGCGUGCCGCUUGCGAGACCGUCUUCCUGUCUGAGCCCUAUGCCCCCGUCCGAGAUGUGCGAACGGGAUCCCAAAGAUCCUAAAGAUAGCUCGAACAUCACGACCGUCGCCAGCUUCCUACAAAGCCUCGGUCUGGAGCAUUUGCUGGAACUGUUCGAACGCGAGCAAAUCACGCUGGAUAUAUUGGCUGAGAUGGGUCACGAGGAUCUGAAACAAGUCGGAGUGUCCGCGUACGGUUACAGACACAAACUGAUCAAAGGCAUGGAGAAGCUCUUGAACACGACCGCCGGUACUCCUUGGCAACCGACCAUCACCCCGGGAACGCUGUUGGUAGAUCUGUUAGCGGAAGACAAAGAAUUCCUGGCCGUUGAAGAAGAGAUGCAGAGUACCAUCAGGCAGCACAGGGACAACGGCCAUUCCGGUGGUAUAUUCUCGCGGUACAACAUAGUCAGGAUACAAAAGGUACAGAAUCGGAAGUUGUGGGAACGAUACGCGCACAGACGGCAGGAAGUCGCAGAGGAAGUUGGCGCGGCAGCACCUUCCUCCCCGAGCACCGGGUCCAGGACCACGCCCGGAUCGAGUUUGCCGCAGGCGAAUGAGAGAAUGCUGUUCCACGGUAGCCCAUUCAUCAACGCGAUCGUUCAGAAAGGGUUCGACGAACGACACGCGUACAUCGGUGGCAUGUUCGGCGCAGGCAUUUAUUUUGCCGAACACAGCAGUAAGAGUAAUCAGUACGUUUACGGGAUAUGCGGAGGCACCGGAUGUCCCGCCCAUAAGGAUCGAAGUUGCUACAUCUGCCAUAGGCAUUUAUUGCUCUGCCGCGUUACGCUGGGAAAGUCGUUUUUACAAUUUUCGGCGAUGAAAAUGGCACACGCGCCCCCGGGACACCACAGCGUGAUGGGCAGACCGUCCCAAGGCGGCCUAGCUUUCCCCGAGUACGUCGUGUACAGGGGCGAGCAGGCGUAUCCGGAGUAUCUCAUCACAUACCAAAUCGCGAGACCUCAACAGGAGAGCGGCGGAAGCGAGAACGUGGAGGAACGGUGAUCAGAAGCGUCUAGCCCAGCGGCAAGGUUGCGGAGUCUUUGUUGCUGCCAGAGACCACGAACGUGUAACACUCUCUCUUAAACCUGAUCUACACAAAUGACGGUUUCAUAUUUGAAAUCGAAUCUUCCAUUUUUUAUCUUCUUUAACACGAAGUAGGAAAUGUUCGGAUGUAUUUACGAUUCUAAUAAUGGUAGGUAAAUUUUAUCGAUAUUAUAGCGUAUGUUUACCGAGUCUAUUCGUUCGAGGUUGAUAAAAAUAGAACGAAGACGGUUCAACGGACAUAGGUCAUUUAAUUUUUAGCAUUUAUUUUGUGAUAAUGUACAGGUCAGGUUCGACCACGUGAUCGUAUGUAUGCCUGAUCAUUGAUACACGUCGAGUACAGUGUAUAUAUCGGUGUAAACUAAAAUACAUCGGAGACCAGCAUCGUUUUCUAUGGAAAUCUACGUGUCGACGAACGUACGUUCAUGUUUAUGGUUGUACGUUCGCGCGAGCGCUAACAUUUAGAUUGUCGCGUAAGUCUCGUUGGAGGGACGACGUGGUAUCUCCACGUCUGUGUCAAUUCCGAACAAGUUUCGGGUUACAGGUAAAGUCCCCAGGGGCAGAUAUUUAAUUUGUAUAUAAGUAGAUGUACGUCGUAAGCCUUCGUAAUAUGCAUAAGCACAAUUCGCAGUCGACGUCGACGAUCGAUCGAUCGAUGUAGUUUAACGAUCUUCCUAAUAACUGCGGGACGACUCGAUCGAGUCGAACGAAAAAUGAUUCCGUUCACGAUAGACCGACUCAAUUGAUUAAAUACAACGAAUGGUAUUCUAUUUAGUAUUCGCAUAUUUCGCACAGUCGAUUCCUCGUUCCAUUUGCAUCAAAUCCAAAUUUACUCUUCGCUUUUUGAAAAAAGAACUUCGGACUUUACCUUUAACUUACUGUGUACAUAAAUAGUUGUGCGAGUAUUCGGUUGAUAUUUCGGGCAUGGAAUAAAUUAAUUCGUGUCGUCGACGUUAUCAACAGGGUUCCUAUAAACUCGUAGUAAUUCCGAACAAUGUACAUAAGUAAUAUACCUUUUAUCGUAUUGUACGUAUACUCUUCUCCUCGUUUCAACGAGGCGCAUCGUAAUUACAUUCGUAUCGUUCUCUUUUUUUAUUAUUACGCGAUGUACGAGUUUGGACUUACUCUCUCAGGUGAUGAACCAAGCGUCCAUCGUGUCACGCUUUUCCAAUCAGUUUUCUUUUUUACCUCGAGCGUACACCCCCUGUUUCAUUCGGAUACACAACGAACCUACUCAUUUCUUCCACGUUAAAAUUAUAUUAACGUAUGAACUGAUCGACUCAUUAUUCAUUUCGUACGUUUUAUUAUUUUACGAUGGACGCAGUGCUCUAAAUACGAAGCUGUACGUUCUCAUCGUUAUCUAUUGGAAUCGCUGAUUUCGUACGUUUUAUUACUUUACGAUGGACGCAGUGCUCUAAAUACAAAGCUAUUCUCAUCGUUAUCUAUUGGAAUCGAUUCGUUUAAAUGAUAAGAGUGAUCUUGGUACGCGUUCGGUACGAAAGCUGUGUCUCGAAAUACUUAGCGAGUAAUUGGAAAGAAUGGAAAAAAAUGAGAAAUGAGUUUGCGAAUUUCCAGUUGUAUCGUGCGUGCGAUGUACGAGGAAACUGAUAACAGUGUUAACGAUUAUUUAGGUGACGGUUUUUAUUUAUGGGUGUAUAUAUCGAAUAUGUGUUCGUUUAAAUAAGUGCUCAAGAAACCGAUGCAACAAAUCAAUCAUUUGUUAAUUCUGCGCUCUUACACACGAAGACACGAAGUAACACGAGUAUUGUAAACUAACUAUAUAUAUAUAUAUUAUAUAUAUACUUGUAAUUUUGACGGUCAACGAGCGUAUCCGACUCGCUAUGCUUUUUGGCCGAAAGAAGAUAGACUGAUUCUAAGAAAGGAAAAAAAAAUCGUUUUACUGUUAA